AUGCGUGCAAUUGUACUCUCUCUCGCGUACCUCUUCUACACCGCGCGCACGACAUUCGCUGUUGCGUUUCCAAAGCAGUCGUCUGGCCUGUGGACCAACGCCCCCGAAGACGAUACUCUGCCCGCCACAAGCGGCAACACAACGCUGAGGCUCGAGCCUAACCCAUCCGCACCCCUCAACGUGUCCGCACUUACAAUCACAUGCCUUACCGAGCCCCCACCCCGCCAACCCAUCACCUUGGCUGCUUACUACGAGGCCGUUCAGAAGAUCCUCAUCAGAGAUGACGCCUUUUUCCCACGCCGUUUCGAAUUAGGACCAGGCGGCAAAAAUCUCCGAUGGCAAGGAGGACAGUGCGUCAUCGCUUUCUUCAACAAUCAGCCGUUGAGGACGGAUGCCAUUCCUAUCAUCCUCGUUGCCCAUGUUGCAGCUUUGAUUGCGAACGAAUGUAUCACUGAAGCGAAGGGCUAUCUUGGUGGGGUUGCGCAGAUUGGUCCGAGUAGAGGAACUGUGGGUGUUUUUCAUACUGUGCCAUCCGGUAGUGAGGCCGAUGAGAGAUAUGAAGCUCUCACCAGCGCGGUGGAAUAG